AUGACGCUGCCCUCACCGCGCUGUCCUCUGUUUAUCAGUCUCAAAACGUUUCAGGAGGAGCGUCGGCGUACUGGGCGAUAUAUAGCAAUAUUGGUCGGCAUAUGUCUUCUUCUCCUUGCCAUAUACCACGCCUGGGUGCGACGGAUUCCCGUAGUAGCCAGUCUGGUCGUGCCUGCUCUUAUUAUGUUUGUUUAUGUGGGAUGGGUUUUGUUCACUGCAUCGAGGGAUAAGAAACGAUUACUUCUGUUAGACGCGGAGGCAGCACUGAGAGCAGCUGAAGAAGAAAACUGUUCAAAUACAUCUCAUAUGGAAAUAUCAGUUAUAUGCAAAGAAAUUCCUUGUACAAAGGCAGAGGUAACAUCCAAAGAUGAUAAUCUAAGAGUUGAACGAAAAUUCGUUAAGCCAAUCAUUCUAGUUAACGAUAGACCCGCAGAAGAUCUAGAUGAAAAGUGGACACAUGUGAUAGAUACAUUAUUUAAUGAAGACGAAAGGUUAAGAAGGUACCAGAAGAGAAGGAAAUUCAGACGGAGAUUCUGUAGACGAAGACAGUACGCAGUUUUCAAGAGAUCGUAUUCAAUUGGUUGA